AUGGCUCUUUCUUCAGUCCCACUUGGCUUCACUAAAAUGCUUCUUCCUCUACAAAGCAAGUCAUAUCCAACUCCUCAAUGCAAGCCAUUAUCAAAUAAACUUUCUAAUAACAGUCAAAGAAAUCUUCGUCGAUCUGCCAAUUUCAAACCUUCAAUUUGGACUUACGAUUAUAUUCAAUCCCUAAGCAGUGAAUAUAAGGAAGAAAAGUACAUAGAGCAAGGGAGAAUGCUAAGGGAAGAAGUAAGGACGAUGCUUGGAAGACUGGAAAAUCCACUUGAUCAACUUGAGCUUAUUGAUGUAUUGCAAAGGCUUGGAAUUGAUUAUCAUUUUGGCAAUGAAAUAAAAAAUAUAUUGGACAAUGUUUACCAUUCGGAUGCAUUCAGGAGAGAGAAAAAUUUAUAUGCCACAGCACUUGAGUUCAGACUCUUAAGGCAACAUGGUUAUGAUAUCUCUACAGAUGUGUUUGUUUGCUUUCAAGAUGAAGUGGGUAAUUUCAAGAAGAACCUAUCUGUUGAUGUUGAGGGAAUGCUAUCACUUUAUGAAGCCUCAUUUCAUUUAAUGGAAGAGGAAAGUAUAUUGGAUGAGGCAAGAGAUUUCACCUCACAAUUUCUCAAAGAACAUUUGAAUCAGAAUAGAGGUGACCACAUUUCACUUCUAAUCAGUCAUGCUUUGGAGUUUCCAUUACAUUGGAGAAUUCCUAGAUGGGAAGCUCAGUGGUUCAUCAAUGUAUAUGAAGGAAAGCCAAACAUGAGUCCUGUUUUACUUCUUUUAGCUAAAUUGGAUUUCAACUUUCUACAAGCUAUCUACCACAAUGAAUUGAAGUAUACAUCAAGAUGGUGGAAUGAAACUGGCUUCACAGACAAGCUGAGUUUUAGUAGGGAUAGAUUGAUAGAAAACUUCAUUUGGACGGUGGGAACAAAUUUUAAGCCAGAUUUUGGAUAUUUUAGAAGAGCUAUGACAAAGGUCAAUGCCCUAGUAACCACAAUUGAUGAUGUUUAUGAUGUGUACGGUACCCUGGAUGAACUAGAGCUCUUCACAGCAGCAGUAGACAGAUGGGAUUUAAAUGCAAUGGAUGGUCUCCCUGACUACAUGAAAACAUGCUUCCAUACCCUCUAUAAAUUUGUCGAUGAAAUGGCUUUAGAAACUCUAAAAAAGAAUGGGCACUACAUUACUCCUUACCUAAAGAAAGUGUGGACAGAUAUAUGUAAAGCAUAUCUAAUUGAGGCAAAGUGGUACUGUAAUGGAAAUACACCAAGCCUCCGAGAAUACCUAGAGAAUGCAUGGGUUUCUAUCAGUGCACCAGUUAUACUUGUCCAUGCUUAUUUUUUGAUUCCACAUCCAAUCAAGAAGAAAGACUUUGUUUAUUUAGAGGAAUACUCUGACAUAAUUCAGUUUUCAGCAAUGAUUUUACGCCUUGCUAAUGACCUUGGAACAUACAAACGUGAAAAUGAGUCAGGCGAUGUUCCUAAGUCAAUUCAAUGCUACAUGAACGAAACUGGAGCCACUGAAGGAGAGGCUUGUGAGUAUGUAAAAUCCAUGUUGUCUACGAUGUGGAAGAAGAUGAAUAAAGAGGCUCAUAAUUCUUCUUUCUCUCAAAGUUUCAUAGAUACAGCUAUAAACUUGGCAAGAAUGGCAUUGUGCAUGUACCAGCAUGGAGAUGGCCAUUCUAUUCAAGAUAUUGUUGAAAUCAGGAAUCACAUUCUAUCAUUAAUUGUUCAACCGAUUCCUAUUAUAUGGGCAAUGAAAUAG